AUGAGGUGUUUUCCGUGUUUCACAUGUCAUGGAAGAAAAGAUUCGAUAAAAUGUAAAGACAUAAAUGAAGGCGGGCCCAUGCUCGCCUCCAAUUCACGUAGCCAUUCCCAAAAACAUCCUUCUGACCACUCGACAAAUGAUCAUCAUAAAAAUUCAACGGCAAAUGAAUCUACUAACAACAUUAUUGCGGCACAAACUUUCACUUACCGAGAGUUAGCAACAGCCACAAAGAAUUUCAGGCAAGAAUAUAUGCUCGGUGAAGGUGGAUUCGGAAGGGUUUAUAAAGACCGUCUCGAAAACACCGGCCAGAUGGUAGCUGUUAAGCAACUCGACCGCAAUGGGCUUCAAGUGAACCAAGAGUUUUUGGUCGAGGUUUUGAUGCUUAGCCUUUUGCACCACGAAAAUCUACCCCCAUUGCCUUGGUUCACGAGGAUGAAAAUCGCAUUACACGCGGCAAAGGGCCUCGAGUACCUUCAUGUUAAAGCCAACCCACCUGUCAUCUACCGAGACCUAAAGUCAUCCAACAUCCUGCUCGAUAGAGAGUAUAAUACCAGGCUGUCCGAUUUUGGGCUGGCCAAGCUUGGGCCCAUGGGGGACGAGACCUAUGUGUCGGCCCGAGUGAUGGGGACUUACAGGUACUGUGCGCCCGAGUACCAGAAGACGGGCCAGCUAACCUCGAAAUCCAAUGUGUACAGCUUUGGUGUUGUGCUGUUGGAGCUUAUCACGGACCUAAAGGCCGUGGACACUAGGAGGAGAUCGGAACAACAAAAUCUUGUCACAUGGGCCGACCCGAUCUUUAAGGAGUCGAAUCGGUUCUCCGAGCUAGCGGACCAGCUCCUGAAAGGAGAGUUUCUGAGGAAGAGAUUCAACCAGGCGGUGGCCAUCGCCACCAUGUGCCUCCAGGAGGACGCCGCCAUCCGCCCCCAGAUAAGAGACGUCGUCACCGCUCUCAGCUCUCUCCCGAUCGAGCCCGACGCUCAGUAUUGUUCCGCUUCCCAGACUCCUUCCACGCAAGCGACGACGGGCAACGAGAGCCGCAAGGACGAGGCCAACCUUGCUGAGCGAGAGUUGGCGGUGGCAGAAGCCAUUGCCUGGGGGAGAAGCACGGAGAUAUUGACGUCUUCAGUUUCUUCUCUGUCUGAAGUAUUUUGCUAUUGUGGAUUGAAGGCCCAAUUGAGGACUUCGAAAACGUGUUCGAAUCCUGACAAAAGAUUCCAUGAUUGUAAGAACUGGAAGCAAAGAGGCUCCGGUGUUUUCAUGUGA